AUUAUGUGGCGGGAAAGGAGGUGAUCAAUACCAGUUUUCUUCUACGAAAAGGAAAUGGUAAAUGAACUUAGGACCUUUCUGUCAACGCAGCGUGCCAUCAACCGCAUCAUGGCGUAUGUUCGGGCAGGCGGAACACGAACAACGGCCGAUUUCGAUGAGCUUGCGCAGAGUGUCUCGGAGGCUUGGGGUAAAGUCGUCAAUAAGAACGGGGAGGCUUCGAAGGAGAAACAACUGAAUGCCGUGUUUGUGUUGGGUGCAAUUACGACGGGCACGGAGAACGGGUUUCUGUUACCGCGGGCUGGAGAGGAUGCUAUUUGGCUCAAGAAUAAUGCUCCGAAGUUCGAGGAGUUGGCGAAGCAAGGGGAUAGUGAUUUUGCUGAUUUGGUUGAGGAGAUGCGGAGUAGGGAUGAUCUAGCUGCUUAAUUGCAAAGGAACAUGCAUGAUGGGUAGCCUUCGCGUGAAGGCGGAUU